AUGUCUGUCUUAUAUUGGUUACAAAGCUUAUUCCCUAAGCACAUAUUCAACCAGCAACUACUAAUCUACGCCAAUAAAGAUACCAGUGGGGUGGAUAUUGGUGAUGAUGAACAAUUAGAAGAGCCAUUUGAAGAACCAUUAGUUGAUGACUAUGAAAGUAUCCACUUGAUGUUUUUUAAUGAGAAGGCACACAUUAGUGUUCAGAGUGAAGAAUUGAAGGCCGAAAACAAACUUCACAAGUUCUCAACUACAAACAGCAACGUUGAGAGUUGUCAAAGUGGAGAAAUAACUCUUGUUUUUGAGCCCAAGCACAGAAUCAUAACUGCUAACUCGCAGCCAGUAAAGGCGAAGACAAAGAAUAUCAAAGCGGAUCAGGAAGAAACUCCAAGUACAAUCAAGAUUAAAGAGGCAGACAUACAAAUUAUACGUGCUUCUUCAAAUGAAUCAACACAAGGCGGCAAUAUUGAAAAUUCCAACCAAUUAUAUGAACCACUUUAUAACUUCAUGUCUCGUUCAAACUAUUUCUAUAAGAUCGUACCAUAUAUAAAGGAAUAA